AGCGUGGCAGGUGGGCACACCCCACCAGCAGGGACGUGCCCAAAGGGGAUCUCGAGGGUCAAAGAAAAGUAAGCCAAUGUGAGAUAAAUUAAGGAGUCGGUGUGUAGUAACAAUUUGGCAAAGGCAAUAUAUACGUAUGGGCAUGGGACCUCCAUCCAUAGAUACUUAUACUACCCAGCCCCUAUUAAAGCUGGGUGUGCUUACAUGCAGACCCCAGACACGCCCCCGCCCACCAAGCCUGCUGAAGGGGAGAUGUCCGUGGCAUUCUUCAAAACACGCCGCAGCGGCAGGAGAAUCUUGGGACGCCGGUCGCCAAGGUUCACCCGCUACCUGACACUGCUCACUGCUGCUACAGAUAACUACGAUGAAGAUGACGAUUGCUGUGUUGGCGGCGGCCCUCCUGCUGGUGCCCUUGGCGGUGGCUGACGUGCGCUAUGUUGCCCCGGCGCCGGCCUGCUACGCCCCCACGGUGACGGUGUACGAGACGGUGACGGAGGUGCAGACGGAGACGGAGACGGCCUUCAACACGGUGGUGGAGGAGCUCGUGCAGACCGAGACCGCCACUGAAACCGAGACCAACACGAAGACGAAGACGGAGUUCGUGACGGAGACGCUGGUGGAGACGAACACGGAGAUCGAACAGAUCGUGACCACCGCCUACGCCACCGUGCACGAGACCCAGGUGCUGACGGAGGUGCUGACGGAGGUGCUGGAGAACACUGUGUACGCAACAGAGACCGAGAUAAAGAAGGUUGAGGUAACCAAAUGCGCCGCCCCCACCUACCACGCCCCAGCCCCCCGCCCCUACCACCAGCACCGCCCCUCCUACCACCACGCCCCCGCCACCUCCCACCUCUCCUCCUCCCUCGGCAGCUUCAAGGGCUACGACGGGUUCAGUGGCUUCAAUUUCAAGGGCUACGACCCAUUCAGGGGACACGAACACAAGUAAAAAGGUCGGUUGGAAAUAGGAGAAGGGUUAUGAGUCAAUUUGGUCCUGGUCUUGGUCUUCACUCUUUUCAACGGCGCCUUCAAGUUCACGUAAGGGCGGUUGAUGGUAGUGAGAAGGGUUAGUCAGUUUGAUCUCUCUCUCUCUCUCUCUCUCUCUCUCUCUCUCUCUCUCUCUCUCUCUCUCUCUCUCUCUCUCUCUCUUUUCAACGGCGUCUUCUUCAGUAGUUCUCGUAAGGGCGGUUAAUAAUGGUAGUGAGAAGGGUUAGUCAGUUUGGUCUCAGUCUUAGUCUCUCCCUCGUCUUGUUAUCUUUCUCUCUCUCUUUUCAACGGCUCCUUCUGGUUCUUGUAGAGGCGAUUAAGAAGGGUUAGUGAAAUUGGUACUUUUCAUUUCCUUUUUCUCUCUUGUCUACAUUUUUUAUUCUAGUCCUCCUGUUCCUCCUUAUCUUACUCAUGUUAUGGCUUAGCUCUGUUUUGUCUUUCCCUUGCUGUCUGUUUUCGUUUGUUUUCUGUUCUCGUUCACAGUUGCUUCUGGUUCUCCUGCCCCGCUUCUUCGUUCUCUAAUAGCAUAUGUCUGUUAUCUGAAUUUUGUCUUUCCUUCCUCGUUCGUUUUUCGUAUCUCGUUCACAUUCUAGUUCUUCCUUUCCUCCUCUUCUUCCUCUUCCUCUAACUUGGGUCUGCUAGCCUAUCUUCCGUGUGCUCUUUCCCAUGCCGGCAGUGUAUAUCUUAUCUUCCUUUUCCUCUUCCUUUUCCUCCUAUCACAUGCAUCUCAUCUUCCUUCAUUCUUAUCGCCAUCAUUAUCUCCAGUAUUAUCUUCUUCAUUCGUGACUCCAGUACUUCAUCUUCAUCCUCUGGCGUGGCUUUAACCUCUUCUUUCUGUUUUUCUCCUUCUUGUAAGUCUUUCAGUGGCGGAGUUUGAUUAAGGGGAGGGGUCUUGGGAAACCUUAUGGGCGGUAUGUUCAGACGCUUUCGCUAACCUAACAAGACUGAACCUGACCCCCCUCGCUCACUGCUUUACGUUUUCCUUCUCUUCUUCAGAUAAAAUAACCUAACUUAACCUGACCUAUUUGUCCCUCCACCUUCACAUCAACUACGCAUUUCCAAAGAGUAAAAGAGAGAUUAGUCGGGUUCUAAUGAGUGUAGGUUUAACCUCAUGGCACAGAAGAAGGGUCAAACUACCUCUAGGGUCAUGAAACUAGCCCUGGAAAUGCUCAAAACUCCUAGAAAACCCUUGUCAAAUAUGUGUAGCCUACUUGGCCGCUGAACUGUUUAAGCAUACGGUCAUAAAACUAGCCCUGGAAAUGCUCAAAACUCCUAGAAAACCCUUGUCAAAUAUGUGUAGCCUACUUGGCCGCUGACCUGUUUAAGCAUACGACCUUUAGUAAGCCUCGUCAAAAUCACCUUAGUUCCCCCUUAGCACACCCUUUUAUUGACACAGACUUAUUUUUUGUCCUUUUCUCCUAAUACAACAUGUUUAAGAAUACGAAAUGUUUAGGCAUACGACCCUUACUAAACCUCGUCAAAAUCAUCUUAGUUCCCCCUUAGCACACCUUUCUAUUGACACUGAGACUUCUUGUAUUUUGUCCUUUUCUCCUAGUACAACCUUAUCCUCUUAUGCACCCCUCCUCUCCUUAGCCUACCUUGAAAGUAAAAGGAAAAGAAAAAGUCGUAGACCCGCCAAUAUAUAUGUAUUUUUUUUACACGUAUAUAUACUUAUUCAUUUCCGUCCCUAUUUAUGUGAGUUACCGGUCAUGCUGAGAUAGAUCUAUGAAUGUUUGUCUAAGAGGGAAUUUGUAAUGGAUAUCCCGUCCCACCUUAAGCUUAAGAAGACAAGUCCAUUUAAUCAGCUCCAAAGAUAGUUAUUCUCAGAAGCUUAGAUAUAUAAUAGGAAGCGCUCUCUCUCUCUCUCUCUCUCUCUCUCUCUCUCUCUCUCUCCGCAUCUGUUUAUCUAUCUAUCUAUCUAUAUUUAUCUCCCUAUCUAGUGAAUACGUUUUAAAAUGCAAGGCUCUGACAUUAGUGUUCCGUGGCUCAGGCGUUGAAAUACCUCAUCUUAUUUUACGUUCAGCUUAGUAUUGUGCUGUCAUGGUGUGUAAAGUAUAGGAGGGUGUGUUCCUGUAGAGUAAUAUAUUGUAAAACACCUUCAGGUUAUCGUAUGUUGUAUAGAGUAUGUGAGUAUGUUGUAUAAAGGAUAGAAGUGUAUUGCUGUAGAGUAUAUAAUAUCGUACACCACCUGAUAUUACCGUAUGUUGUAUAGAGAGUGUUGUAUAGAGUAUGUUGUAGAGAGGUUAGAAGAGUGUGUGUUUGUAGAGUUAUAUUGCACAGCACCUUGGAUGAUCGUAAGUUAUGCAUGGGUUUAUUAUUAUUAUUAUUAUUAUUAUUAUUAUUAUUAUUAUUAUUAUUAUUAUUAUUAUUAUUAUUAUUAUUAUUAUUAUUA